GAAUAUUCUCUAGACAAGAUUUUAAGCACUCAAAUAUAAUUGUUCCGUUUGAUAACCAGGAUUAUUAGGCACCACUUGCAAUAUAACUUAGGAUUGAUUGUAAAAGCCUACGCUAAAGGAUACAAAACAAAGACUAAGUACACUAAACAUGGCGGCCAUGCUGAUCUACAACUUUAGUGUGGUCCUAAUAUUCUUGACUACAAGUAUUGUUUUGGCAGCAGACUUAUUGCAAAAUUCUGAUUUUGAGCAUCCACAUAAUAUUGCUCCCUGGGUGUGCAACCAUUGUCAAGCAUCAGUUGUAAAUACUAGCUACCAUGGUAAUCGAAGUCUGAAAGUAACAAACAGACAUCAAAUUCAAUCAGGAUUGACACAGUUCUUUAAUGUACAGGGUGGAAAAAAUUUAAAAUGCAGGGCAUAUAUCAAGGUUUUAAAUUUGCCACAUGGUAAAAUGUCGGUUAGUGUUAAAUUAAUGAGUGCCAUUUCUACGCACGGAAGACUGCACCAUAGUGUUAUUGGUUUAAACAGAUAUGUUAAGCCAAAAAAUGGAUGGACAGAAAUCGGUGGAGACAUACCAAUUCCUUCAGGAACUUCGCGAAUACAAAUCGCCACACAAAUAGACGACCCGUCGGUGAAUUAUCUCUUGGAUUAUUCAAGCUGCCAAUACAUUGAACAAGACCCUUAUUGGAAAACAAAGGCAAACCAAAGAAUAAAUAACCUCCGAAAGGGAUCGCUAAACAUAAGUCUUGCAAGCACUCAUCCAUCAAGCGGCAUAACUGUUCAGAUAAAACAGACAAAAAGUAAGUUUGCCUUUGGAACAGCAAUAAAAGCACCAUUCAUCACAGAUAGUUCAUAUAAAGCUUACCAGGACUUCGUGUAUAACAACUUUGAAUGGGCUGUAACAGAAAAUGCAUUGAAGUGGAGACUUAUGGAAUGGACAAAAAGUCAUAUUAAUUACGCCAAAGGUGUUGAUGCUGUCAAAGUGUUAAAGGCUCAUGGUAUGAAAGUAAGAGGUCACAACAUGUUUUGGGGUACUACUGGUCAUUCUCCAAGCUGGUUAGAUGGUAUGUCAUCAACUGAGUUAUUACAGCAAAUGCAUACAAGAGUAAACGGCAUGGUAUCUCAUACAGGGGGACUAUUGGAACAUUGGGAUGUGAACAACGAAAACAUACACGGAGACUAUUUUGAACAAAAAACAGGACAUUCAAAUAUCACCAUGGAAAUGUUCGACUGGAUGCAUUCAUUAGAACCAAAUGUUAAGCUGUUUCUGAAUGACUUUGCCGUUGUGAAUACUCAUCUUUCGACAACGGCUUACAAAAGUCAAGGCAAAAGAUUCAAAGACAGUGGUGUUCCAAUAUACGGAAUGGGAGUUCAAAGCCAUUUCAAAACUAGUCAUCUUGAUAUGGAUGUUCUUAAGUAUAGAUUAGAUAAGGUUGCUGAAGUUGGACUUCCGAUAUGGAUAACAGAACUAAGUAUUUUAGACAAUAAUGCCAAUGAUAAAGCUACAGCGCUUGAUGAUGUUAUGACAUUGUACUUCAGUCAUCCUGCAGUUGAAGGAGUACUCCUUUGGGGUUUUUGGGAUGGUGGUGUUUUUGACAAAGCAAUCGCUUUAGCAACAGGAAGUAAUGUUACGCCAAAUGCCGCUGGAACAAAGUGGAUGGAGUUAUUUCACCAAACAUUCAGAACUAAUGAGUCUCAUUCUUUUAAUGGUUCAUCUUUCAUUCAUACAAGAGCAUUUCUAGGUGAACAUGACUUGGUGAUAAAACAAAACGGCAACAUCAUACAUACAGAAACUAUUAACUUGGAUCAAGGUGGAAAAGCUGCUACUGUGCAUCUACAAGGCUCAGGAAGCAGCGUUCAUGUAUCACAUGUUGCCUUCGGGUAAUUUCGAGGAGCAUAGUUAAACAAAUCAACAAUAUAGAAUUAUAUAUCAACAACAUCACACGAUAUAAAAAUAUUUAUUUCAUGUAUUUGUAAUUUAUAGCGAAUAUAUCUCGCCAUCUUAUUCUCGCAUUGGCCCGAAUGUUUUAACAAUAAAGAGCUGUUAAAAAUGAUAUACAAUGUUUUCUAGGUUCGUAUUAUAGUCCGUCCAAAU